UCUGGAGGCUGAAAACCCAGGAUCAAGGUGUUGACAGGGCCACACACUCACCUGUUGGACAGUCCUCCCUCUCUUCCCCCAACUUCUGGUGUUUCUUGGCUUGUGGCCGCGUCGCCCCAGUCCCUGCUGCCGUCCCCACAGGGCCUGCGCCCUCCUGCCUGUCUUAGCAUCUUCCCCUUUCUCCCGAGGGCCCCGUUGUGUUGGACUAGGGCCCAUCCUCCCGCACCGUGACCUCAUCCUAACUGCUCCCGCCCGCAUCGACCCUGUGUCUGAGCACACUCCAGGGUCCUGGGGGUUCCUAUGUAGGUGGCCCUCGAGGACACAACUUGUAGCAAUGGCCCUUUGCUGUGUCACGUAGCUGAGCAGGUGGGGGCCAGAACCCUGCCUGCCCACCGUAGGAGGUGGAGGGGUGGGGCCCGGGGCAGGUCCAGAGAACCUGUGGGCCGGGCCAGGACUGCCAGGCUGCUAGUGCUCACCCCAGACCUCUACAGGCCAUGCGGACCCUCAGCUGGAAGCACACGCUGGGCCUGGUGACCAUGGACGUGGAGCUGGCCGACCGCACCCUGUCCGUGGCAGUGACCCCCGUGCAGGCAGUGGUCUUGCUGUACUUUCAGGACCAAGUGUCCCUGGCCGCUCUGCACGCAGCCAGCUGGACCCUGGAGGAGCUGAGCAAGGUGGUGAAGAUGCCUGUGGCGCUGCUGCGGCGGCGCAUGUCCGUGUGGCUGCAGCAGGGCGUGCUGCGCGAGGAGCCUCCCGGCACCUUCUCCGUCAUCGAGGAGGAGCGGCCUCAGGACCGAGACAACAUGGUGCUCGUCGACAGUGACGAGGAGAGCGACUCAGGCAUGGCCUCCCAGGCCGACCAGAAGGAGGAGGAGCUGCUGCUCUUCUGGACGUACAUCCAGGCCAUGCUGACCAACCUGGAGAGCCUGUCGCUCGAGCGCAUCUACAGCAUGCUGCGCAUGUUCGUGAUGACGGGCCCCGCGCUGGCCGAGAUCGACCUGCACGAGCUCCAGGGCUUCCUGCAGAAGAAGGUGCGCGACCAGCAGCUCAUCUACUCGGCGGGCGUCUACCGCCUGCCCAAGAACUCCACCUGACGCUCCUGCCUGUGGGCGCUCUGGCUCCCCCUGCAAACCGCACCUGUGUGUCCCCUCGGUAGACAGCCCGAGGGCACCCCUUCCCUCCCCAGACCCUGCCCGGCCCCCAGAGUGUGCAGAAUAAAGCAGGUCAGUUCCUCC